UUCGAUUUUUCCUGUUUUGAUUGUGAUAUCCUAGAAAAUAUCGGAGUUUUAGUGGUCAUAUUGAAAGUUAUUGACAUUCUUAAAACCUUUUCUAGGACUAAUAUGCCCGUAGUAAAAAUUUAAAUAAUUGAACUAGUUGUUACGGAUUUCUAGAAUUCCAUUGUUGUUUUUCUUUGUUUUUUUCAUCUGAUUCAUCAACAGUGGGAUCACGAUGCCUAUAUUAUUCAGUGUGGUUGCUCGCGGUACGGUCGUGUUGGCCAAAUACGCAUCAUGUGCCGGCAAUUUCACCGAGGUCGCAGAGCAGAUUCUCUCGAAAAUUCCUCCCCACGACGACAGGCUGACCUACUCUCACGGGAAUUAUCUGUUCCAUUACAUUGCGGAAAACAAGCUAGUUUAUUUCUGCAUUACCGAUGAUAAAUUCCAGCGUUCUAGAGCAUUCCUUUUCCUCAAUGAAAUCAAGAGAAGUUUUAAAACAGCAUUUGGUGACACGGCUCAAACAGCCAUACCAUAUGCCAUGAACAGUGAGUUUGCACGUGUCCUGGCUACAGAGAUGAAACGUUACACAGAAUCUAGGGACCUUGAUACUAUAUCUCGGGUCCAUGGGGAGCUGGAGGAGCUUAAGAACAUUGUGGUUAAGAAUAUUGACAAUAUGACGGUGCGCGGCGAGAAAUUGGAAUUACUUCUGGACAAAGCCGAGAACUUGAGUACGAAUUCAGUGGCAUUCCGCGGGAAUGCUACAACCCUACAGCGCUCUCUCUUCUGGAAGAAUGUCAAAAUGUACGUAAUAAUAGCACUGAUAGCCUGCCUAGCCGUUUACCUGAUCGGAGCCAUGGCCUGUGGCGGACUGGCGUGGAAGAGCUGCGUGGGUUAAUUCACUAGUCACGUUGCGGUCAACCUUAUUUGUAUUCCCAACAUAUAAAGAUGCUCUAUUUAGGUAUACAUACACUCUACUGCUGUAUAGGUACUCUAUCUUUCGGGCAACGCGUCAAAACGUCAGUAUUAUGCAUGUCGUAAAAUAUUCUUUAUUUUCUAGAACAGUGUAAAAUGGAACGGGUAAGCCAUUUUGUGAGAAAUCUUCGGCCAUUCUUACGCCGCGUCAGUGACCAUAUUUCUGCGGCUUAGAAGUGCCUAAGUCCAUAUUACUCUUUGAUUAUACGUCUCUGCCGCGGCGUCAAUGACGCGUUAUCUGAAAGCCUUUGUAACCUUAAAUAUAACACAAAAAACACUUUUGAGCUGUCAACAAACAGUUGACAGUAUGUCAAGUAUGACAGUAGCUCUUGAUACACCAUUUACAUUGUACAGGGCAGUGUACCAAGCAGGUCAUUUUUGCACUUGUGUAUUGUCCCUGUCUGUCAAAGUGCGGAGAUUAAACCCCUUAGUACACUGGAACGUAGCAUAAUGUAAAUUGAGCUUGGAAACGUUUACAAAUACAGACAAUUAACUCAGACAAAGUUUACUAAGCAGAAACAAGAUUCCAAUAGAACGAAAUCGAUCGACUGUGGAUCUAAGGCUUGAAGUCGUUUUAUAAACUAUAACACUUUUCAGUUCUAUUGUGUAUGCUAUGCUAUGCUUAGCAAUAAAAAUUAAAAAAAAAUGAUAAAAAGCCGUGGUGUUGUUAAAUGAAGCGUAAGUAACAAACAAUAUUUCACUUGUUGUUGCGGUGAUGGCGAAUAUCUAAAUUAUUUACCUUAAUAAUUUUGUGUUUUAAUAAAAUGUACGUAACUCGAUUCUGUUAGUGAUAAAUGAAAACGUGACAAGUAAUUAAAAUAUCCCGUUUGAAAUAUUUCUCCU